CAAGUACAAAGCGCGUUUGUGUACGUUUUGUAAAACAGUUUACGUCAUCAUAAGCUAAAGUGCGCCGAAGACAAAGUGGCGCACACUCUCGCCGUGCUCAUCCAUUUUCUCCGAUCCACCAAAUCUCCAAAACCUCAAAUUGCAGAAAAAUUCACCACUGAGAAAAAGAAGGAUCUGAGGACAUGGCCGUCCGAGCAACGGUAUCGCGUUUUCCGAUCGACGCCGACGCUCAGGAGGCGUCAGGACUCCCUUGGGGACUAACAGUAACACCAUUCGCGGCCAAAGACGAGAACGGAAUCGGACCAGCGUACGGAUCGAACGGCCAUCUUCUUCCUCGAUGCGAGAAUUGCUAUGCAUACUUCAACACUUACUGUGAGCUCGAUCAGUGGGCUUGGAACUGCUCGCUUUGCGGCACUCUCAAUGGACUACCUUCCGAUGCAAUUGCUCGUUACUCUAACCCUCAGUCUAUCGCCGAAAUGUCUUCCUCCUUCAUAGAUCUCGAGUUGCCUUUGGAUGCAUCGGAGGAAGAAAUGACGCAAGCAAGGCCUGUUUAUGUGGCUGCGAUUGAUAUCUCAUCUUCUGAGGAAUUUUUGGAGCUUACCAAAAGUGCAUUGCUAGCUGCUCUGGAAGCACUAAGUCCUGGGUCUCUUUUCGGUCUUGCUACCUUCAGCCACAAAAUAGGACUGUAUGAUGUUCAAGGACCUAUACCAGUUGUAAAGAAUGUAUUUAUUCCUCCCGAUGCGGAGAGCAGCUUACCACUAGAACUUGAGGAUGCCAUGCCCUUGUUACAAUUUUUGGCUCCUGUAAAAACUUGUAAGGAUCGUAUUGCUGCUGCCCUUGAGACACUCAGACCGAUAACUUCUUGGGAAAGAUCAUCUGGAGCAGCUCAAGGGCUGGAUAGCGUGUUGAUGGGUGGUAGAGGCUUUGGUACAGCAAUGGAAGCUCUCUUCAACUAUCUAGGAUCUGAAUUUGGGAAUACGUUUGCAUUAGCUAGGGUGUUUGCUUUCCUCUCUGGUCCUCCUGAUUAUGGACGUGGGCAACUUGAUACAAGUAGGUAUGGUGAACAAUAUGCAAGUAAAAGGGUGGAUGCUGAUCGCGCUCUGCUUCCUGAGCAAACACCAUUCUACAAAGACAUAGCCACCAUUGCUGUUCAAUCAGGUGUUUGCGUAGACGUGUUUGCAGUUACAAAUGAGUACACAGAUUUAGCAUCCCUGAAGUUCCUUAGCAUCGAAAGUGGGGGCUCGCUGUUUUUGUAUUCAAGCACGGAUGAUUCGACUCUUCCCCAAGACAUGUUUCGGAUGCUUAAUAGGCCCUAUGCGUUCAAUUGCGUCUUGAGAUUGAGGACAUCAACUGAAUUCAAACCUCUCCACUCUUUUGGUCACUUCUUUGCCGAUCCACAGUACGAGAACCUUCAACAUAUCAUCUGCUGUGAUUCAUAUGCAACAUACGCUUAUGACUUUGAAUUUGCAGAUAAUACUGGAUUUUCCAGACAUAGUGGAGAGCAACCUGUGGUGCAAAUUGCAUUCCAGUACUCAGUUGUUGUACCUCCCGAGGGGCUACCAAAUUCAGAAAUGUCAUCUUCAAGUAGAGGCAAGCACACGCUUCAGAGACGACUAAGGAUCAGAACCAUGAAUUUCGGAACUGCCAAAAAUAUCAACGAAAUCUACGACAGUGUGGAUCAUGAAGUUGUUCUCUCAUUGCUCGUUCACAAGGUAAUUUUAGUCUCUCUAGAAGAUGGAGUCCGAGAAGGAAGAGCAUUGCUUCACGAUUGGCUUGUAAUCCUAACCACACAAUACAACGACGCAUUUCAACUCGUCCAAUACAAAAACGGAAACAAGUCAAUGAGUUCACAAAUCGACAUCACAUUCUCACAAUGUCCUCAGCUCGAGCCUCUUCCUCGCUUAGUCUUUGCCUUACUACGUAACCCUCUCCUCCGUUUUCAUGAAGAAGGUGUUCAUCCUGAUUACAGAAUCUACUUGCAAUGCCUCUUCAGUGUGUUGGAACCGAGCUCUCUUCACUGCGGGAUAUACCCGGCGCUAAUGUCGUACUCAACGCCGGAUAAACAAGCGUACCCGCGACAUUCGUUGAGCCGUGCGGCGUUGAUAACAAGUGGCAGUCCGAUAUUUUUCUUAGAUGCAUAUUCAACUUUGAUCGUCUUCUACUCAUCAACAGCUGAUUCUUCACUUCCUUUUCCUCCACCACAAGACUGUUUAUUGAGGAAGACUAUAAAUAAGGUGAAGCAAGAAAGGAGUAUUACACCGAAACUGAUGUUUAUACGAGGAGGACAAGACGAUGCUUCAGCGUUUGAGAAUUAUCUUAUUGAGGAACAAGACGUUGAUGGUAGCGGUUUUGCUAGUGCUAUGGGUUUUGUUUCUUUCCUUGAUGAUAUCUCGCAGAGUGUCGCUGAACACAUGAAGUAGAAAAGCAACAAAAUGACAAUCUUUUAGCAUUUUUUUUUUUAUAUAUAUACAUUCAUAAUGUGUCAUACGUUUCUAAGAGUUUUUACUCUUCUUGUUGUAACAUUUUGCUUUGCGUAACUUUUAAGCUCCCUAAAUCAAUUUGAAAUUGAAUAAUAAUUAGGCAAGAAUGUGUUCUUCUAACCAAAUCUAUUAUGAGAUAUUGGUACUUUAGUUUAUGUAGUCAUGUACAAAAACAUCAAUUUCUAAAAUCUCACUUACAUAUCUGUUAAUCAAAGGGCAAACCGAUCAUGUGAACAAAAACUUGAAAACCUCUGCUUCGCUCUUCUUCUACAUAAAUAAUAACUUGAAAACCUCAGCUUCACUCGUCUUCUUCAUCACCCUCUUCCUCUUCACCACUCCCACUCCCACUCCCACUCCCACUCCCAUUUUCUUCCAUGCUAUUAUCCUCAUUCCCGCUCUCGUUUCCAUUCCCUUCCGCGCUGUUCUCUUCAUCGUUCCCAUUCUCUUCGGUAUUAUCAUCAUCCUCAUCGUUCACAUUCUCUUCUGUGUCCUCAUCGUUCCUGUUCUCUUCGGUAUUAUCAUCAUCCUCAUUGUUCACAUCCUCUUCUCUGUUGUCCUUCUCAUUCUCCUCAACAUUCUUGUUUUCUCCUUCAUCUCUCUUGCUUUUCCUCGCACCCUUUUGCGUCGAUGGUCCUUCCUGUUUCCUCUUUUUCGUCUCUUUCGGCUUCGUAGCAGCUCCACCACCAGCCUUUUUCUCGGCGUUCUUCUUCUUAAACUCUGAAAAGAAGCUUGAAGCGGCUCCAAAAAUUCUGCAAAAUCCAUUUCUUCUAAUGCCUUAAACACAUCAUCGGCCUUUAUCGUUUGCCGUCUUGAAUCCUUACAGAAAUCAUUUGCCGUGGCGGAGAGGUAGUGGAUGAAGAUCCUAGCACUCUCCGAGAAUGCGAGCAGCGCUUCCUUGUGAAUACUGACGUCAUAAUCCGGCGAGCACUCCGAGAGCUUUUCCUUCACCACCCGGCGCACGAUAGCUAGCGGCAGCUCGUCCACCACCACUUUCUCCGAUUCCAUCUUCUUCUGGGAUCAAUGGCUAGAAUGCCACUUUUUGAG